CUUGGUUUAGGGGAAGAGAAAAGCAGGUACCUUCCCACUCUCGGCUGCCUUUCUUCUUCUCCAUGUCUGGCUGCUAGACGAAAACGCAGGCUUCGUCUCACCAUUCUACUCGGUUGGUCUCGCCAUUCUACUAGAAGCAAUUCUCGAUUAGGUGGUGAGAUCAUUCUACUUGGUUGGUCUCGCUCAGAAGCAAUGACCGUCUCUUCGUUCUUCUUCUCCAUCUCUGGCUGCUGGUCUUGGUGGAACAGAACAGGGAACGCAGUCUUCAGUCCCCCAUUCUACUAAUCAGUUGGUCUCUCUCUCUCAAUUGAAGAAGGAAUUCUCGAUUAGGGCCUCAGCUCCCCAAUGUUCCAAAUUAGGGCUUCAUCUUGAUGAUUGAUCUAUUAUAAUCAAUUUGGGGAUUCUACACUCGAAUUAGGGAUUCAGCUCCCACAUUCGAAUUAGGGCUUCAUAUCGGGUGUUGUUGAUUAACCAAUGGACAAUCUGUUUCGAAUACACUACAUAUACAAUGGAAGACAUGAAGAGGUUGUAGUGGAUCCGGACUCUACUAUCACUAUAUGUGUCUAUGGCCUGACUGUAAGUAAGACCACAAUGGAUAAUUACACCAUCAAUGGCUAUGCUGGUAAAGUGAUCCCCAUAUUGGACGUCAAAAGCAGGGGCCAUCUCAAUGACACUACAAGGGUCACUGACUGGAGUUCCAGGCCGAGUAAGCGUACUGUAAGAAGAGGUGGUGGUACAGGUACAGCUACAAGUAGUGCAACUGGAUGUGGUUCUGGUGUUGCAAGGAUAGAGAAUUUGAGUGCCAGUAAUGUUGGGGCAAGGUCAAAGUUUGGAGAAAAUAUAUCAACUGUCAGUAGGAGUUUUGUAUCUGCUGGAGGAAGUGGUACUUCCUCAAAUGUUGUGAAGAUGAGAUAGUAACUCCUCAUAUCAUUUCUGAGUCAUCUGAAAGUGAUAGUGAUGGUGAAUGUGAAGAUGAUAGUGACAAAGAUUAUGUUGAAUCAGAAGAUAGUCAAUCUGACUAUGAUGAGGGUGGUGAAAUGGAUACUGAUGAAGUGGAUGUUGAUGGUAAUUCUCAACUUGAAGAUAACAAUUCUGAUGAUUCAGAUGUGUCAGGGUACAACUCUGAUGACUAUCAUGGCACACAUGACAGAGAACAUAAUAUUGAUUCAGAUUCAAUAGUGAAGUUAGAAAAGGGAGAUGUUUUCUAUGAUGUUGACCACUUUAGGGCCGUUUUGCAUAAUUAUGUUAUACAAGAAGGGUUUGAAAUCUUGAGGACAAAAAAUGAAAAAAACAAGAUUUACUGUUCUGUGUACAGGUGAUGGUUGCAGUUGGAGAAUCCAUGCAUCUCUUACAAAAGAUAAAGCAAAUUUCAAGAUCAAGUCAGUAGGUCCAUCACAUACAUGCUCCAAUCCCCCCACAAAAGAUAGGAGCAUUACAUACAAGUGGAUAGCAAGGAAACUGGGACCUAUGCUUAAGGCAGAGCCAAACAUGAGUGUCAAGAUCAUGAGAGCAGUAUUGCACCAAAAGUAUGGUUUUGAAGCACAGAGGUUACAAUGCUACAGAGCUCGUAGUCUGGCAAGAGGGGAGGUUGCUGAAUGCUAUGACAUGUCUUAUGCAAAAUUACCCAAGUAUGGUUAGUUGUUAAGAAGGCAUAACCCUGGUACUGUGUACAAACUGGUACUGUGUACAAACUGGUACCCUAUGAGAGACAUGACUUCACUAAAAACCCACAAUUCAAGAGAUUAUUUGUGUGCCUUUAAGCUUGUAAGAAUGGAUUUUUGGAUGGAUGUAGACCCUUUAUGGGUCUAGAUGGAUGUCAUCUAAAGGGUAGAUAUGGUGGUGUACUGUUGUCUGCAAUUGCAGUUGAUGGGAACAAUGGCAUAUAUCCGAUUGCCUUUAGUAUUGUUGAAGUAGAGAACAAGGAUAGUUGGACUUUUUUUUUACAUUGUUUGGAUGCUGCCUUGAGGCUGGAUGACUGUGACAUAGGGCUUACCUUCGGGUCUGACAAACAGAAGGGUCUUGCAGAUGCUAUAUCCGGAAUAUUUCCAGGUGCACAUCACAGAAACUGUUGCAGAAAUUUGUACAGUAAAUUUAAGGCAUCCUUCCCAGGCUUGUUAUUGAAGACCCAAUUUUGGGUUGCAUGUAAAGCAUCCAAGGAGUUCAUCUUCAACAAGACAAUGGAAAUUAAGGGGUUGAACAAGGCAGCUUACGAUUGGUUGCUGAAUAGCAAUCAUCCCUCAAUGUGGUCUAGGCAUGCAUUUGAUAAACGCGCGAAGAGUGAUCAUGUCACAAACAAUAUGACAGAGUCUUUCAACAACUGGAUCAGAGAGCUGAGAAGUAAGCCUAUCUUGACAUUAGUUGAUGAACUUAGAUGUAAGUUAAUGAGAAGGCUAGAUAAAAGAUACAAGAAAGCAGCAACUAUGGAGGGCAGGGUAACUCCAAAUAUAAGGAAGAAAUUGGACAUGAUCAUAGAUGAAUCAGGAUUUUGUAAUGCAAUUCCAUUAGGGACAGAAGAGUUUGAGGUCAUAGAUGGGAGGUCCAGAAUGGUUGUGCAUCUAAUGAACAAGACAUGUUGUUGCAAGGAAUGGGAUGGAACAGGAAUCCCUUGUAGACAUGCUGCAUCAGCCAUCAAGUUCAUAAGAGGUGAUGUUGAAUCCUAUUGUGACCCAUUUUACAUUGUAGAAAAAUAUCGAUUGUCACAUAGAGAGAUGAUUCAUCCUAUUCCAGAUUUGAAAAAUGUGGACUACUUGAGUGAUGCCAAUGAAGUAUGGCAGCAUCCACCAUUGAAGAGAUUACCAGGUAGACCUAAAAAAAAUAGGAAAAGAGAACCUGGUGAGGAUGCACCUAGAGAUCUUAGAAAGAAAAGUUAUAUGGUUCAGUGUGAGAUAUACAAAAGAAAAUGGCAUAAUAAGAGGACUUGCGAGAGAGAUGUAGAUCAACAGGAGAAGCAACAAUCUAGACCAAGAGGUGGUUUGAAGAGGAAGAAUUCUGAUGUUGACCUAGGUGGAGAUUCCAGUUUGGAGAUGGUAACUAGAUCACAAGCUACAACAACAGGAAGUCAAUCUAGUGUUAAAGAAAGACAAAGGGAGAGAAUGACUAAGAAAGCAACAUUGAUGGCAGCAAAGAGAGCUAGUAAGAAAGGAGAUAGUGGAAGAAAAAAUUAGGUGCUAAUGUAAUUUGUCAUUUUUGGUGGUGGUGAUACUUUGGACUGUAAUAUCAUCAUGGAUGUGAAAGAAUUUGUAGUUUUUAAGUCUUAGUGGGGCUUAUUUGGAACCUAUUUAAUACUUUGUGUGGAUAUGUAAGAAAGUACUUGUCUUUUAAAGUCUUGGUGGAACAAUGAGUUACCAUCAUUUUGUUUGAA